AAAUUCUCAUUAGGUCUAUGUGGGCAACACUCGGGAAUCUUAAAUAUUAGUUUAGUUUUUACGCUCAGCACAGUCGUAGCGGUUGUCUGACGCUUAUUAGUCUCGCUGUAGAUUACUAUUUACUAUAUUUUAUAAAUAUAUAUUUCGAAUAGCUAUUCCAAUUUUUGGGAAAAAUACAAAAUGAAGACUGCCACUUUGGAUAAAAUUUGCUGCUUUUUAGCAGAACUCAUCGGUACGGGCCUUUUGGUAUUCUUGGGUUGCAUGGGUUGCGUUAAAACCGAUGUUUUCGCCAACAAUCACUUGCAAAUGUGUUUGAACUUUGGUCUCGUCAUUUUGGUCAUUAUCCAGUGUUUCGGUUGUGUUUCGGGUUCUCAUUUAAAUCCUGCCGUUACAAUUGCAGCCUUCAUCUAUGAAAUGGUCUCAGCACCCAUGGCUAUUGUCUAUAUGUGCGGUCAAAUGUUGGGCGGUUUCAUUGGUUAUGGCCUUUUGAAGGUGGUAUUGCCCGAGUCAACAAUUAAAAUGCCAGAAGCUGCUCACAAUUUGUGCGUAACUGUACCCCAUCCUGAUAUUACUCCCAUGCAAGGUUUUGCCAUUGAAUUCAUUAUCUCUGCCAUUUUGAUAUUGGUUUGCUGUGGUGUCUGGGAUCCUCGUAAUGCUAAAUUCCAUGAUUCCGUACCAAUUCGUUUUGGUUUGGCUAUUGCCUGUUUGGCCAUCACUGCUGGUCCCUUCACUGGUGCCAGUAUGAAUCCUGCACGUUCUUUCGCUCCCGCUUUGUGGAACUAUGAUUUCGAACACCACUGGGUUUACUGGUUGGGUCCCAUGUUGGGCGGUGCCGUUGCUGCUUAUGGCUACAAAGUUGUUUUCAGACGUGAAGUUAAUGAAGAAGCUGUUCACCAUAAAUUGCGCGCCAUGGAAGAUGUUCCUUUGUCUUAAAUCCUUAUUUAAGCAUAUUCUCUUUAUGUUUUCAACAAAAGUACCUGUUGGCUUUGUUAUUUAGCCACCAGUGUUGCCAUAUUAUUCAAUUUAUUUAGGCUUCAUAACUAAAAAUUUAAUAUUUUUCAUGAAAUCUUUUUCCUUAAUAGAAAAGAAAAGAUAUUUAAUUUUUAAAAUUUGUUUAGAUUUUAAAACAAAAAACAUUAGAAACCAAAUCCUCCUCCUCCCAUAAACAUUUAGUUUAAGCUGUCAUCUGUGCAAUUUUGUUCUGUUACUCUCUUUCUUUAUUUUUCUCAAAUUUUAAAUUUUAAUUAAAUUAAAUUAUUUUGUAAAAAUAUUUCGUUAAUGUCUAUGACAAAAGAAAAAAAAAAUAUGUACAAUUUAAGUUCGUAAGUAAUUGCAUUUUCUUUUUGAAAAAAAUUAUACAUACUUUGUUUUAAUUAAUUAAGUACUAAUAAAAUUAAAUAAAUAAAAAUAUUGUUAU